UGUCAGCAGAGCAGAUGCAGCUCGCGCUCGCAGACGAACAACACGCCUUCGUUCUGAAUUAAAGUGAAUUAAAACGUCCUCGGUACAAGACUGGAGUUAUUCGAGUUAAGAGUUAGAGUCAAGCGUCUCAAAUGGAGACAGAAGCCAUGGAUGUCCAACAGCAGGACGGAGGGCAGGUCGUGCCCCCGGAGAAUCAUGUCCACACAACACAACCACAGGCCACCGGCAAACCUGACGUCACAGGUCCUGUCCCAGCUGAGAUUGUUGACAGUGGAAGCAACGAGUCCCUGACAGACGGUGUCACAACCAACGACGAUGCUUUACUGCUUCCUGACCACAUACCUACAAUUUCACGCAAAAUAGAGAAAGGCAAUGUGAAGCCCAGUAUUCCCAGUGGCUCCUCUCCUCCAGUCAAUGGGCCUGCUAUCAUCCGUACACCACCGGCUUCUUCAUCAGGAGGAUCGAUGCCUCGCCCGACAACACAACAGAAAUGCAACGGGCAUGCAAAGUGCAAUGGACACAAACACCCUCACAGAAAACACACACCCUCCACCUCCAAGAGCCAGCAGAGCUUUAAGGGUGAUGCCUCACAGAUACAGAGAGUAGCUGGAGAUGACUGCUGUGCGCACUGCAUACUAGGCUGUCUGUUCUGCGAGGUGCUGUCGUGGUGUUCGGCCGUUGCUCGGUGUUUGGCCUGCGGUCUGGAGUGUGACGCUCUCUGCUGCUGUGGGGAAGUGGCCACCGGAGGUCUGGCGUGCUGUGCUGAGGACACCUGCUCUGCCCUGCUGGACUGUGGGAUACUGGAGGACUGUUGCCAGUCUUCAGACUGUCUGGAGAUCUGUUUGGAAUGCUGCUCCAUCUGUUUCCCUGCCUAACAAGGAUUCUCAACAGACUGAUAUCAACUGCUCAAAAGACUGUAAGCGUUGGGUAUAUAUCAUAUUGUUAUCCCGCAUUUUGUAUUUAUUUAGUAUGAAACUGUUCUGUA